AUGACUUCUGAGAACACAUUUCAUUUGGAUGUAAGCAAAAGAUGUGAAGGUGGAGCAUGUAACUGUGAUAGUACUGGCAAGUUUAUCGCCAAAAAGGUUGAUAGCCCAGAAUCUGUAAGGGGUUUUGUUGCCCUUGUCCACGAACUCACAGGAGAUACAUUCACUCUCAAGAGAUACAUGCGCAAUGGUGAGCAACUAGCUACUAAAUAUGAUAUUCCUGGUGUUAAGAGUGUUGCCGUUUAUUACUGGGAAAAGGAUGAAACUUAUGAUAAACCACUUCUCCUAGAAGUAACACUUGGAGUCGGCGGUAAGAAGUACUACUACAGAUACAGUGAAUGUGAGCCAAGAGUAACAAAUCAAAAAAUUUGGCAGCACAUUACAAGUCUUACGCUUCAGGUCAUGCUUGAUGAUAGAAACUGUGGUAGAAAUGGAGCUAUUGUCUUUAACUUACAGAAUCCUACGUCAGGUAAUAUUACAGGUAGUGCUAACUCCCACUGUACAAGAGAAACCAGAAAGAUAAAACUUGAUGGCUUAAAACUGCUUGCUGGUAGUGAGUAUGUUACCACAACUUACAGUGUUAAUGGUAAGGAGACUAAGAUUUCCAGAGUAACUUUGAAUGAUAAGUCUACUGGUAUACCCCCAAUUACUGAGGCAAUUGAGAAAAUAAUACUAUAUUCAUACAUAUCAAGUCCAAAAGUUCCUCUUAUGAUUGAAUUUAAACAAAGAGGUGGAAGAAAUUCUAAAUUUUAUACAACUAAGGAUAGUAGCGGUACAAACUGGGAAGAAACUGGCGACGGUGGAAAUGCAUUCUAUGAUAGUUAUGGAUAUACUCCACUACCUACCCUUUCCGAAAAGCUCGAUGAGGUAUUAUGCAAACGAUACAGCUAUGUUACCUUGAAUCUCACCAAAAAUUAUUCUGAGACUCAUGCCAGUGGUGGUAGUAGUGAUAAGAAAUAUUGUUGUAGCGAACAUAAGGAUAAGGGUAAAAUCUCUGUUGCUAAAGGAUAUAUCAUGGUAGAUGGUAGGCAAAAGAUUUCAUACUAUCAACAUAAUAACAAUGGAUACAGUCUGGGCGGUAUCUAUUACAAGGAUGGUAAUGAUAAUAGGAAGAGAAUAGUCUUGAGCACACAAAACUUCCCCAUUAAAGGUUCUCUCACCGUCUCUGCCUUCUACUGUACAGGAGAUAUUCCAGUGCUUAUUUAUGUAGACUCGUCUCAAUAUGAUGUUAAGGGAUGGUUUAAGAAAAACAAGGAUGAUAAUCAACCGUGGACCAAACUCAUCGGUGUACUUCCUAGUGUCACACCUGCUAGCACCCAAGAUUGUCCAAGUUGGAAUAAACUCGUGAAUGCACUAAGGAGUGCCGGAUGUUAUAACUAUUCAACAUGUGCCGCUGGUACUACUCAACUUCCUGGAGAAAAAGGUUCCGCUGAUUCUAUUAUUCCUGGACCUCAAUAUCCUGUUGGCUCACCAAGCCUAGCUGCUCCUGAAGAUCAUCCUGAAGCUACCCAUACUGAUCCUAAAACUGCUCGUAUGGAAGCCCCAGGCCCUCCUGAUGAUUCUCCUGGAAACUCUACUCGUGAUAUAGGUAUCUUUGGAACUCUCGCUACUGCUAUAUCCGGAUUAGUUGGCUUCGCCGGAUAUAGAUUCUAUAAGAGUCAUAGAGGAGACCCUUGGGUUAGACAAAUCUAG